ACACAUACACUCUCAAGAUUGUAGCUUCACUUUUUAAAAAUUAUUAAAAAAAUUGACGAAAAAUCAAAAUUCUACUUAUAAUUCUUGUCCAAAAAGGUUAGAAACCAGUGUCAAACGGUUAAUAGCUGGUUAAUCUUUGGAAAUAACGCAAGGAACAUCAAAAAAAGUUGCAAAAACAAGGAAAAAACAGCAAGUGAUGCAUAAUGUUACAGUAGACCAAAUUGAAAAAAAUAAGCAUCUAAUCAGGCUUGUUAAGCAAUAUCCGCAGAUCUAUAAUCAUGAUCCGAGUCAACAACAUAAUAUUGAGUCAGUUGAGGAAGUUUGGCAUAAAAUCGGAGCUGAUAUAGGCGAGCCAGCGGACGUUUGCAAGAAAAAGUGGCGGUUAUUAAGGAGCUCAUUAAUUCGGUACAUAAAAGUAUUUAAGGAUAAAUCUACAUCCAAAGGAAACCGCUAUCGACCGUAUUAUCUACUAGAGCAUAUGGACUUUCUGCUUCCUCACAUCGAUGAUAAAAGUAUAAUUCGAAAAGUGAAGCCAAUUAUCAAGUCCCCAAAUCAUACACCUACUACAUCUGCUACUGUGACUUUAGUCAAGAAAGAUCGGGACGAUGAGACUAUUUUAUAUGCUAAUACAACACCCAACACUACAAUAACUUACAAUGUAGUAGCUACAAAAGAUACAUCCUCGCAGGACAUAAAAACUGAUUCGCAACAAGACAUCCAGCAAUAUUAUGCAGGAGCAGGCGUUAAGAUCAUCGGGGAAGAUUAUAUUACAACAUAUCAACCAGGCGAACAGUUGAUUUAUCAAACAACUAGCAGUGGAGGAGAAGAACAACAAAUACAGCAUACUGAAUGUAUACAGGAACAGCAUGAACAGCAGCAACAAGAAUGCAUUCAACAAGAAUCGCCGUCAAAAUCUCAAGUCAUGGCAUCGACAACACUAAUUCCUUUGCCAAAUAUGAAUAAUAUCUUUUCGAGCACCAAUCCUAGUGAGGCAAGCGAUUUGUAUUUCUUGAUUGGACUAUUGCCUGACUUUAAGAACCUUAACAACGAUCAGAAGCGUAAAGUCAAGAUUGGGAUACUGAAGCUUAUCGAUGAUGUCGUUACUAAUUAAAUCAGUUCUACUUCCUUAUUUUUUUAUUAAUUAAGUCAUUUUUGUGGGCAAGUCUGUUAAAUUUGAUGGAAGUAAGUGACAUGCUGAAGUACACAAACAUUUUGAUGCAUUAUUAUUGUUUUUUUCAUUUUCCCUCCUUUUUUAACAUUUCUUUUAAAAUAUAUAAAAAAAAGUUUGUAGGACAGAAACAUAAACGUCAAGCAAGCA